AUGCCCGCCCAAACGCAAACAAACCCAAAUACUCCGCGCGUGCGCAAUGGAGACCCCCAGCCCGCCCCCGUCGCAACUCCAGAACCUGCCUCGUCGCGCCGCGACUUGACCUCGUGGUGGAGGCAGUUUAGCAAGCGCCCCGCGAAAAAGGACGACGACAAAGCGCAGCCCGGCAUCUUCGGCGUGCCCCUCAUACAAAGCAUCCCCUAUGCCAAUGUCGCCAUCUCGCUCUUCAACGAGCACGGCGAGAGCUACAUCUACGGCUACGUCCCCAUUGUCGUCGCCAAAUGCGGUGUAUUCUUGAAGGAAAAGGCGACCGACGUAGAGGGGAUUUUUCGCUUGGCCGGCUCGGAAAAGCGCAUCAAGGAGCUCAAGGCUGCGUUCGACACCCCGCCACGAUAUGGAAAAGGCCUGGAUUGGUCCGGCUAUACUGUACAUGACGCCGCCAAUAUUUUGCGCCGCUACUUUAACAAUCUCCCGGAGCCCAUAAUACCACUGCAGCAUUAUGACCCCUUCCGGAAUCCACUCAAAGGCCACCAAGCCGAAGCUGUAGGCCCCAGCGAAGGACAGCAACCCUCGGUUGGAGGCUUCGACCCAGAUGCCGCCGUUCGCAUAUAUCAGCAUCAGAUCAAAGCUCUACCAUCGUUGAACCGACAAUUGCUACUAUACAUCUUGGACUUGCUCGCCGUCUUCGCCGCCAAGGCCGAUGUCAAUAAGAUGACGACCUCGAAUCUCGCUGCUAUUUUCCAACCAGGCCUUCUGUCACAUCCCCAGCACGACAUGUCUCCCCAGGACUACCGUCUCAGUCAAGAUGUUUUGAUUUUUCUCAUUGAUAACCAGGACCACUUCUUGAUCGGUAUGGAGGGCACAGCUGUCGACGAGGGGACCGUGAAGCAUAUUGAAAGCGGACCCUCUACUCCGCAAGCCAGAACACCCACCACCCCGGGCCGCAAUAAUUCCGGCAUUGGCCGUUCUGCGUCGACUACUUCCAGCGCUGGAGCAGAAAGCCUCCGCAUGCAUGGUGGUAUUCGUCGCAAUGUCUCCACGUCUUCAAAGCGAUCACGUCAUUCCGGCGCCGUACCUAGUCCCAUCACACCUGCCUUUUCCUCGCCCACUGCAUCUGGAGUACAUCGGAGCAACACACUACCCUCGAAGCGCGGACCGACGCUCGGCAGUCCUCGCUUUCCCCCGCCAAAGCAAUCUGGCCACUCCCCUACUGCCGCGGAUGAGGUCAAGAGCCCGAUUGCCGAGUUAAUCCCUACAGAUGCGGAAACUAGUAUUGCUGAAAUGAAGCAAGAACCUGAGCAGUCACGCUCAGAGCAAGUUCCAGAGCCUGUAGCUCCCGCAGCGGAGCCGGUCCCAGCGACGCAGCCAGUCGAGCCGGAACCCGCACUACCACAACGAUCCCAGACGAUGCCUCCGAAUAAAAUAGAGAUGCCGAGACCCUACGAACCCGGUCAUACGCGAGAGGCAUCUCUCCCCUUUGCUUUUUCUCAACAGCAGAGGGCCUCGGUUACGCCUCUAGUCAAUGACAUGCCCGGUGCAUUCCCUCUUCCCUCUCCUGGAAUAAUCCCCCCAAGCCAGCCUACCACACCAAAUGUUACCGCACAGAACGUCCAAGCUUUGUUACCUCCUCCACGAUCGACCACGCCGGGUCAACGUAGCCCCCAGCGCAGCCCCCUUAAUACACCUACGCGCGAAAGAUUGGAAUUUCUAGAAGGACCUAUCGACUCUGGUCCGUCAAUUGAGCCAACUCCGGCUGUGCGUACCUUUACCCAAAUUCUUGCCAAAGUAUCGGCUUCGCCAGGCGAAAUCAAGGACAACAAGGAUUCACGCAAGCCGAACAAACUCCAAAAAAAGCGGUUGCCAAACAGCAUUAGCCAGAGCACCCACAGCUCCACACAUUCUCUCGGUGGCAGUGACAAUGGAUUUGGUGCGGGUCACUUUUUCCAAGGGCCACCUUCACCUUUGCAGCCCCCUCAUCUUCCGUUUGCGCAUGGCCAGUCUCAGGCAAGUACAUCAAGAGAAGCGGUACACGAUGCAAGUUCUUCGCGCACUUCAGGUAAUACUCUGAAACCUAGCAUGUCGCCCUCUGCCUCUUUUAGGUCGCAUUCGACUGCAACGGAAUACUCUGAGACUGAGCUGGCGGAAGAGCAACCAAAAGAGGAGAAGCGCAGCUUUUGGAAAGGCCACAAGCGUGGGGAGAGUAAAGCAACACCGACAGCAAGUCAGACGGACUUGCAUGGCUCUGUACCCGGCGCUGAUAGGAGUAUGAGCUCAUUCGCUAGCAGUUCUGGGCUAACAGGUGGCGGUCGAAGAAGCAUGCAGUUUGAUCAAAGCUCAGAAACGCCCAUGAUUUUUGGCAGCCCACCUGACCCCGACAGACUGGAGAAGAAGGGCACAUUCGACUGGUUUCAUAAGCGCCGGCAUGAACACAGGGAUCGCGCAGACAAGAAAGAGAGAGCAAAGAGUCCGCCUGGCAGUUCUGGCUUUCUGCCUCCUCCACAAAAUAUGACACAACCCACGGAAACGCUCACUGUCCGUGGAUGGCCAUCUGACACUCAGCACAUAUCGGAUGAUGCGCAGGCGAAAGGGGACAAAUCCAAUAACGUCACACCUACUGGUACAAGUCCAACUCCGCCGCCGGCAGUCUCCACGUCUAGUCCAAAACCACAUAGUCCACAGCCUCGAAUGGCAGUACGGACGGAUCUUCCAGCUGCUUUGACCGAACCAAGAUCAAUCGCCCGAUCUCCAGAUAGGAGCCAAAUGUCAUCCCCUGUGGCACCGAAAUCCUACUCCCAGGGCUUUCUUACCGCUGGGAAUGGCGACAAUGCACCUCAGGCUAACAACGAAGCAACGGCUCAGCGGAACGCUUCAGCUUCUCCUCCACAGCCCGUGGAGUCCAACUCGACGCCGUCUGGACCUCAUCACGCUUCAUCUAAUUCUACCAUUACUGUCACUCCCGAGACGAUGAAGACAGAGGCAGCCUCGAGCGCACCUCUAGCUGACGAAAAUCGCUCCCAGCUAACAGACCAACCCGCUCCGUAG